AGUCUACCAUCGUUAUCCUCUCGUUCCGUCGAUAAGGCGCACCAGAAAAUGCCGCCACUCAUCCAUACGAGCUAAAAAAGAAACAGCGACUCCACAGAAAUGAAGACACUAGUUCUGCAAUCUCAGUUCCUUGUUCCAAGACGCACCAAGCUCCCCUACCCAAGAUCCAAUGCCGCCACUUUCAUCCCCUCGAGAAUCAUCACAUCUUGCAGUAAGCACCGCUCCCUACCAUCUCCUUCAUCAUCAUCAUCGGCAUCAGCAUCAGCAUCUUCCGAAUGCAAUUCCAUUUCAAGACCCACAGGAGCCAUCCAGAAGUCCCAGAAUCAGCACUCCCAUCGUGUUUCGCCAGAUGGGUGUUCAAGAAAGGCGGUCUUAGGUGCUGUUUCGAUUGGCGUUGUGCUGGUCCUCAUGGGAUUUGAAGACCACCACAGCAGGGCUCUGGCCUUUGGACCUGAAGGGCCACUUGCAGAGGAGUUCUGGGAAAAUGUCAGGAGAUAUGCGCUCUAUGCCCUCACUGUGAGCACAGGCGCUGUCUACACUAUAUUUCUGCCCAUCUUGGAGCUGCUCAAGAACCCGAUUUCCGCGGUUCUGAUCCUGGUGAUCUUAGGAGGUGGCGUCUUCAUUGUGUACCAGGUGGUGGCCACCAUGGUUGGGGUCAAUGAAUUCUCUUAUGACUAUGCAUAUUAAUUAAUCCAAAGUCUCGAUUUUUUUCUGGAAGAUAGAUUUCUCAAAUGUCUCUUCAUUUUGCUCUCUGCUUUUAUGUCUUUAACGCAUGAACCAUAACAUAGUUCUUGGAAUAGCAGAAGGUUAGCAA